UUGGCGAGAUGCAAUGGUUGGUGACGCCCGUGGACUAUGUGCAAUUGAGACAGACGAGGGCUACGUCAUUUAUCCAGAAACGGAACACUCUGGUAAUUGCUAGGAGCCCACUGGCGUUUGGUCCGUAGUUAUACCGUUUCUUCACUUGCCCAUCUCCAACUUCGGGCUGGGCCGUGAACGCUGCCUGCCUGUGUGUAUUACGCGACAUGAGGUAAGUUGAGGACAACAUGCGGGAACGCGCGGAAGACGCAAUCUGGAUUGCAAAUGUAGCCUUUAGCUAUUACAAUAUUUAUCGAGCAUGUCUAGACGAGCACUUAGUGUGUAUUGUUGUGCUAGUAGCCCCGUAGGCUAUGGUAAGUAGUAAUAAGUAAGGUAGGCACUAAUCUACACUAACGCCUUAAAGUCAACAAGGAGCGGAACGUGACAGGCGGGGCGCUCGGUACCUGCGUCUUCGAGUCAGAUGCGUCCGGUUCCCGCGGCUGCAAGCUGAAGAAAGACAUGGAACUCUGUCACAUAUUAAGGUACUACAGACUGAAGCUGUAGGAGAUGCCGAUAGUAGUGAGUCACUCCUUUCUGCGGGCUGUCAGCAGUUCAGAAUGUGGAGUCCUUUUGGUUUAGAAUCCAGAGCUUCGACUUGGACUGCGAUGAGAGCUUCAACAUAACAUUAUUUUAAGGUAUUGCGAUGUUACCGAAUAGCAGUUUUGGAAGUCCAUAAGACAAGUAUUCAUCUACCGUCGAUGAAUGAGCUGGAUGCAUCCCGUGGUCCCGUGGUGGCUGCAGGCUAUUGCUCGAAUCGCUCCGGGGAUGAUAUCAUGUGUGCUGAAUGGAGCUUCCUUGGGAACAACCUCUAGGUUUAGGGGAGUACCAGCGACAAUGGGCUAUCAACAAGUCAACCCCUAUGAGAAGAUUGGUCGGAUACAAACGAACACAAGUAGCACAGUGCUUGAGUUGUAGCAAUGUACUAGGACGUAGCAGCUUGCACAAGAUGCCUCUACUUCCCAACUUGGCGCCUGUCC